AUGGACAGGCAAUGUAUACGAGAAUUUAUGGGUAUCAGAGAUGGAGAUGGAGAAAUCGAUGAUUUUAUGAAGUCUGAAAUGUUCACAUUUCACAGGGGAGGCAUACAAAUCUUGUGCAGGUGCCCCGAGCGGGUCCAGGAGUUCAGGAUGGAGCUGCUGAAAGGGACGCAAAUAGUCUGUGACCUCAGCAAGAGAAAGGGCAGCGGGAGUGCCAAGUCCCUCGGGAGCCCGGGGCUCUGCCAGUCGUCCAACAGCAGCCUGUCGUACUUCGUGAACGGCUUGGACAGGUCCCAUGAGAGCUCCUACUCCUGCAAGCUGUCCAUUUUUGACCCUCCUCCUUUCCAAGAGAUUCUGAGGAGAGAAUAUUUGCAUAUUUAUGAAUCACAGCUUUGCUGCCAGCUGAAGUUCUGGCUACCCAUAGGAUGUGCAGCUUUUGCUGUAGUCUACAUUUGUGGAUGCACAUUUUUUUGCUGGUUUAUGAACAAGAAGCAUCGAACCAGCGUGCACGACCCUAACAGUGAAUACAUGUUCAUGGCUGCAGUGAACACAGCAAAGAAGCCCAGACUCUCAGAUGUUGCUCAUAACUUGGGACUCUCUAACACCCAGGGAUGA